AUGCUUCACAAGACGCGUCUGGGGUGGGUACUAGCAGGCAGGUAUCCCAUGAAUCAUUCAAAAUGUCGAUCCGUCAAUAACUUUCACGCUUCCGUCAGCAACGCGGAGCUCGACAAUCACUUAAAAGAAUUUUGGCACUUAGAGGAUGCACAAACCUUAUUCAGCAAGCCGCAAUCACCAGACGAGCGCCGGUGCUCUGAGCAUUUCGCAAAGAAUGUAGCACGCGAUGCAAGUGGGCGUUUCGUCGUCAAGCUUCCGGUCAUACACGAAAAAUUAAACUCGAUCGGAGAUUCGCGCGCCACAGCCCUCCGUCGUUUUUAUAGCGUGAAAAAGAGGCUAAAUCGCGAUCCUAAAUUAAAGGCAUCCUAUAUACAAUUCAUGAAUGAAUAUGCCGCAGGGCAUAUGAAGCCAAUGCGCGAGGCAACCGAAACAAAUGGCAUUCCGCCCUAUUACCUCCCGCAUCACCCUGUCAUAAAGGGUACGAACGAAGCCGCGAAGAUACGGGUAGUUUUUGAUGGAUCGUGCAAGGGAUCAUUAGGCAGUUCCUUGAAUGACGCUCUUUUAAUCGGUCCGGUAGUCCAACAAGACUUAAUUUCUAUCGUAAUACGAUUUCGUACCCUGCGCUACGUCUUCUGUGCAGACAUCAUAAAAAUGUACAGACAGAUUGUAGUCCACGAAUCGCAGCGGCAUCUGCAAAGAAUUUUUUGGCGGGCAGACCCAUUGGGAAAGGUGCUCGUAUACGAACUCACAACCGUAACCUACGGCACUUCUUCCGCUUCCUUUCUGGCUACAAGAUGCCUUACAUAUCUCGCUGAGUUGGAGGCACAUAAUUUUCCCACCGGGUCCAAACACGUUAUCAACGACUUUUACGUCGAUGACUGUUUGUCCGGAGCAGAUUCUUUGGCUCACGCGAAAUUAAUUAGGGACGAAAUCAUAGCCUUGCUUCAAAAGGGAUCGUUCCAGUUAAGCAAAUGGGCAUCAAACUCGUCCGAGCUUCUUGAACCUGACCGACACGAUACCUGUAGGUUAAUUGAAUUCGACAAAAAUCCGGAGUCCCGCAUCCUAGGCAUCAGAUGGAAUCCCACAAGCGACUACUUUCAUUUUUAUGUCACGGCAAACUCACUUUCCAACUCUGUUACGAAGCACCCAAUUUUAUCGGAAGUAUCCCGGCUUUUUGACCCUCUCGGGCUGCUGGGUCCCGUCAUAGUGAUCGGCAAGCUCAUUAUUCAAGAGCUGUGGCAACUAAAUGUAAGUUGGGACGAAACAAUUCCCUCUACCACUCACACUAAAUGGUCGCGACUCAAAAAUCAGUUGAGUAUCCUCAAUGAUCUCCAAAUACCGCGACUCACAAAAUUCACCACGAGUUCCAAACGCCUUCAAAUUCACGGGUUCUGCGACGCCAGUCAGAUAGCGUAUGGCGCGUGCAUAUACAUACGCAGCGAAGUCAGCGACCGCACGUAUCGUACCGAGCUCCUAUGCUCACGGUCUCGCGUCGCGCCUUUAAAAGCGGUCUCGCUUCCGCGUCUUGAGUUAUGCUCUGCGCUGUUACUGGCUCAACUUUAUGAGAAGGUCCGCUCUUCAAUAGACAUUUCCCAGAUACGUUCAUUCAUGUGGUCGGAUUCCACAAUUGCGCUACAUUGGAUUUCUUCCUGUUCCCGCAAAUGGUCCGUCUUUGUGGCCAACAGAGUAGGAGAAAUCCAGCGUACGAACAACAUCGCCGAUUGGCGGCAUGUAUCUUCUGAAAACAACCCUGCUGACAUUCUGUCUCGCGGGGCGGAGCCUCAAGCGCACCUAUCGUCAUUCUUGUGGUGGCACGGCCCUGAGUUUUUGCAGCAUUGCGAAUCAUCUUGGCCCCCUUCAAACUCUCAACCUCUGGAGGCUGAUAUACCUGAGCAAGUCAAAAAUGUUCACGUAACAGUUGCAGCACUGAAUUGCCCCAUAAACAAAUUGCUCAAUAAAUUCUCAGACUUUAACCUGAUAUGUAGAAUUAUCGCUUACUGUCUCAGGAUUUCUGAGCACCACAAGUCGAAAUACACCUGCACGAGCCAAUUAAUCUCAGCAGGUGAAAUUCAAGCUGCGCUCCGCGCACUGUGUGUACACGUGCAAGGCGAGGCUUUUUCAAAUGAAUUGAAAUCCUUACGUAUAAACGGCAUAAUCGGUUCCGCGAGCAAUAUGCUGCCCCUAUCUCCGUUUCUAGAUUCGGACGGUUUGAUACGCGUGGGAGGGAGGCUAACAAAUUUUCAACUACCAUACUCAGCGCGUCAUCCCAUCAUUUUGCCAAAACAUAACCGACUCACUCACUUCAUAGUCGAGUUCGAACAUAAUCGCAACUUGCAUGCCGGAGUGCAAGGCACGAUCGCUGCCGUUCGCCCCCCCACGUGUGGGCCACCUUGUCGUGGUGGGGGGGCUUAA